AAGAGGCACGUAAAUUAGGUUAUAUUUAUUUUUGUUUAACUGUCACUGUCAAAGUUUUUUAUGUAAAGGGUUUAAAAAUAUGGAAUUUUCAAAAGAACCGAAUUUUCAAUUAUUAAGUGCUAGGGAUUUUACUCCAGAAAAAUAUGUUAAAAACUUAUCACAAAGUUAUGUGGGUGGAUCUGAGUUACAAACCCUUAGGAGGAAACUUCAAUCCCUUUCGGAAGAGACUAGCAAUAAUUUGAAGAAAAACGUGUAUGAAAACUAUGUUCAAUUUAUUGAGACGGCCAAAGAAAUAUCUCAUUUGGAAAGUGAAAUGUACCAGUUGUCCCAUUUAUUAUCAGAACAAAAAUCAUUAUUAAGUGCUCUGUCAACAACAUCUAUUUUAGAAGACACUCAACACUUGAAUAUUGAAAGAGAGAAUAAGAGUAAUGACAAGGACAUAGAAGAGGAAAAUAAGCAAAAACUUGCAGCCAUUUUAGAAAAAGUGGAAGGAUGCAAGGAAUUGCUAGAAGUACCGGGAAGAAAAUUUCUAUAUGAAGGAGAUUUGUUAGAAAUUGAUCCAACAGAAAAUACGUCUUUGAAAACUGUUCAUGUGUAUUUAUUUACAGAUGGAUUUAUGAUAACAAAUAGAAAUUCCAAUAGUCGAGGUUUGAUGAAGUACAUUUAUGAAAUAAUGUACGAUUUAAGUAGUCUAGCAGUGGUUAACGUCAGAGAUUUAGGAAAUGUUAAGCAUGCAUUUAAAUUGUUAAUUUUUCCGGACACGACAGUUUUUCAAUGUUCUUCUAAUUCCAACAAGAAAGAGUGGUUGGACAAGUUUGACCAAGCAAAGAAGACUAGAUUAGCCCAAGAGCAACAUAAGAGGGAGUCAAUUUCGGAAAAAUCACCCUCACGAUCAGCUUCGAUAGAGUCUCCUAGUUAUAACCCUUUUGACGAAGUUGAAGACGAUGUAGGAACCGUUCAGCCAGAAUGGUUUUUGGACAUUCCAGAGGAACUUGAUGUGUGUGUAGCUCAAAGACACUUCGAAGAGGCUCUUUCAUUGUUGCAAAAAGCUAAGGAAUAUAUUAGCCAAAUGACGGCUGGUAAUGAGAAGCACGAUCAUGUGUUCCUCGAUAUUCAAAGAAAGGUUGAACAACGACAAAAUAGUCUUACCGAAGUUUUAAUGAAAGAACUGGAAGUUAAUCCUGAUAAAUCUUUGCAAGGUGGAUUGAGGGCUGCUAGAAGAGCAGUAAGGUUAUUAAAUCAAUUAGGAAGAGAAAAUCAAUCAUGUAACUUAUUCCUGAAAUUGUGUAGCAGUAUGUUGAGGACACAGUGUAAGCGUGUUAAAAGAGAAGGAUCCACCACAACAUACAUACGUAAUUUGGCGAGUGUAGUAUUCACUAACAUGUGUCAUAUGUCAGAUGAGUUUCUAAGGGCUUUUCCCGACUCACCAACUUGUGCUUCAGCGUAUGUUGUUUGGGCCAGCAACGAGUUACUUCUUUUUACUGGACAUUUUAUAAAACAAGUAUUUAUGCCCCAGACUUCGCUGUCAACUGUGACAGAAUGCAUAGUAUUAGUCCGAACGCAAUGUGAAAGGUUAUACAGUUAUGGUCUGGAUUUAUGUUACCAAUUGGAUGGUGCUUUACGAUCUUCCUUAGUCAAAGCUUUAAAAGACGCAAGAGAUAAACUUAUAGAUUCGAUCAAACUUAGAGCCCUAGAAGAUAAAUGGAUCCCAAUUAACUUGCAUUCCAAGUCCGCUUUGGGAAGAUUUCUACACGAACAUUCGCAAAUGGGAUUAAAUUUGGAGAGCUAUGUUUCAGGUGACACUUGGAUUCAACUGACAGCAAGUACUUUAUCGUUUACAAAAAUGUUUUUCCAAUUGUUAAAUGACUGUAUGAAGUUAAAAACGACUGAAUUGGUAUACACCAUAGACGAAACUUUGUAUAAUGUGUUCGACGCUCAAUUGAAACACAAUGAAAAUGCUCUUCGCAAUGAGUUAAAUCAGGACCAAAGAAGCUUCCUAACUAAAAAUGCUGAAUUUUUACUGGUCAAUGUAGUCGAAGUAUCGCAGAAAAUAUAUAGUCAAAAUGUGGGCUAUGAGUGUGCAACACUUAAAAAACUACAAGGCGAAUAUGUGGCUUUAAAAAAGGGCGUUUCUCCAACAACCAGAAGUACUAAAACAAAAUACUCAUCUGAAUUUUUGUAAAAAUAUAAUGAUAGAUAAGAUCAAUUAUAGUUGUUCCAACAGAUCUUUGCACAUGCAUAAAAUUAUUCACGAUUUACUUUUUAUAUUAGGUCUCCUUCACAGAAACUAGUAUCGCAAAAUUACGCAAACUUAGUAACGCAAACUUACGCAAACGCGUAACGCAAACUUAGCAAACUAGUAUCGCAAAAUUAAGCAAAAUUACGCAAAAUUAAGCAAACUAGUAUCGCAAAAUUAAGUCCAUAGAAACUAUAAGAAGUUAAACGAUAAAGGUUAAAGUUAAAUGUUAAAAUGAUAAGGGAUAAGCGAUAUGGCAUGUCUUUGAUACAUUAUUUACUAAGAAUUUUGACGUUUAGUGACAGUGGCGCAUUUGUUGUGUUUAAAAAACGGUUUUUCAUAUUAUUUAAACUUUCAUAUCAUAAUGUUCUUCUGAAGCUAUUUUCUUGUGGCAUUUUUAUAAUCAAUUACUUUUAAUGGGAAAUAAGCCACAAUUUUACCAAAAAAAUGAUUUUAUUAACGUUUCGAAGCCCAAAUCGGGUUUCGUUGUCAAAAUACAAAAAUGUUGUCAAAAUACAUUUUUGUAUUUUGACAACGAAACCCGAUUUGGGCUUCGAAACGUUAAUAAAAUCAUUUUUUUGGUAAAAUUGUGGCUUAUUUCCCAUUAAAAGUAAUUGAUUUCAUAUCAUAAAUGUUAGAACGACUAACUGUUGGUGUCUUAUUUGAUUACUUCUGGUAAUUAUUUAUUUUUAAGCUAAUGAGACAAGUAGUGAUUUUUAAGCUACAAAUUGUCAUUAUACAACUAUGGUUCUGUCGAACAUUAUCGAGAUUACUGUUCAACUUUUUGUUUUUUUUUUUAUUUAUUUAUUACCGUUCUAUUAAUAGUCGGUAUGAUGUUCAAGCUGUUUAUUGUUGGGUCCAUCAAUCUCCUCAGUGGUGAAAAAGAUCAACCACUUCAAUUAAACAACUUUAUAAAAAACGUCCACAGGGAGAAUAGCCAUUUCCUAAUAUUUACAUUGACAGUACAUGCCAUCGUACAUUUCACUUAGGGCCGGUUGUUCGAACGCUAAUCAAAACUGAUCAUUAUCAAAUAUUUAAUUACAAUUAUAUUUGAUUAAGCGUACUUCUGACAGAUGUCGCAUUUUGAGGUUAUGUUGACUGAUUUAUUUUAUUAUUUUGGUUUUAAUUUAAAAUAAAACAUAAUUAAACUCUUUCUGAUGUUAAUUUCUUGUUUUUACUUACAAAUCAAUAAUAAUAAUAAGCAAUUUUUAAUAAUUUAAGAGCUGCGGCUAUAUUUUAAUUACUGUUUUACCUACAAUCAAUAACUGAUUAGUGUUUUACAUGUAUUUUUCAUGUCGCGAUUUGAUUUCCAUCAAGAAAAUUGAUUACAAUAAAUGAUUGAUUAUAAUCAACUUAUUGAUUAGCGUUCGAACAACCGGCCCUAAAUGUUUUGAUUUAACUUGUUUGCUAAUCAGUCAUUACUAGAGAGCGGAAUAUAUGCAAAGUGCAUAUAGAUGCAUAUAUUGCAUAUUUUCAGACAACAAACACAACAUUGCAUAUUUAAGCUAAACACGAUUUAUUUUGCAUAUUUUAAAAAUAAAUCAUAUAAAAGUUUAAAAUUUUCCUCUCUUAGUUGGAAUUUUAUAACUUCGAUAUGAACGAGCUCGUUAUUUAUCUAUCUAUCGCUCAUCUGGGCUUUCCCAUUACUACCUGAAUUUAACAAUUAUGUGUGUUCCCAGAAAAAUAUUAUUUUAUUAGCGUAGCAAGUCGUAGGUACCUACCUGCUUUUAAGGGUCUAAUAAUUAUUUUGUCAGUUUCCGGCCAACAUUUGUUUAAAGUAAACGUUGUAUCGUAUUUAGUGUUUUUGAAGUGAUUGGUAUAUAUUAAAUUUAAAUAUGUCUACCAUUCAAAAAAGUGCUUGGAUAAAGUGUUUUCCCGAGUUAAAGCUAAGUGGAGACAAAGUAUUUUGCAAGGCCUGUGCCAAAAUCCUAAGUUACAUUCAUUUUCACAUUUCAUUUUUUAAAUGAGGAACUGACAAACAAAAGCAUCAUGUCCCACAAAAGAAAUUUUUCUGGAAAGAGUGUUUUUAUUCGACAAAUUCGCUUUUACUUCUAUAAAGACGAACAUAGAGAGAAGCAUCAAAAUACAAAAAUCCAUCAAAUUGUAGACAAUUCCGCUUUUGUUCUUCAGCUUAAGUAACGUACUUUGUUCUUUAAGUAACGUACAAAUUGCUAAAGAACUUAUGUUCAUAAAAGUUAAUUUUAGUUUUUUACCAGAUCUAAUAAAGUCAUUAGAACAAAGGAAUUUACAGUUAAGUGAUUCGGUUAAUCUUGUUAACACUUUUUCUGCUCAUUGUCAAAAAAUUCCCGGAAAUACAGGGAUUACAAUUAGAAAUAAAUUAAAAAAUGUUUUAGAAAAAAAUGAGGGCUUCGAUUGUUUGAGGAAAGUUGUACGUAUUUUUGAAGGCAACUUUUCUGAAGAUCUUACGACUUAAUAUAUUGUUUUAUUUUUGAGUAUUUUUAAUAUGCAUUUGCAUAUUUAGACAAAUUUAGAAAAAAUACCUGCAUAUUUGUAGUAAAAGUAAUGCAUAUAUAUGCGCAUAUUUUGGUAAUGUUGUGUUGCAUAUUUUCCGCUCUCUAGUCAUUACGUAUGUGCAAAGAUCCAUUAGAACAAAGAACAACACUGUAGAUAAUAUUUGUUAAAAUACGUAUACUUUAUUUAAAAAACCCAAUAGAUGUUUAAGAGUUAUAGCUGAUUAUAUUGUAUUAUAUGAAUAUAUACAUUUUUAAA